CAGCAGGCGCGGCCACGACAUAACAGGAAGCGACAAAGAGGAGAGGAAAGACUUGUCCGUCAACUCCGCUUUUAAAAACUUCAGUGAUCGGGUUUGUUCACGUAAAGAUCUGAGCAUGUCGUCAGGUGCUCUCUUUCCAAGCUUGGUGAGUGGCUCCAGGGGAAGCUCCAGCAAGUAUCUGGUGGAGUUUCGUGCUGGCAAAAUGACCCUGAAAGGAAAUGUAGUAACACCGGACAAACGCAAGGGAACGGUGUACGUCCAGCAGUCCGACGACUCCCUGAUUCACUUCUGCUGGAAGGACAGGACGACUGGUAAUGUUGAUGAUGACUUAAUCAUCUUCCCUGAUGACUGUGAAUUUAAGAGGGUAAAUCAGUGCACCACUGGACGUGUCUAUGUGCUGAAGUUUAAAGCAGGCUCCAAGAGACUGUUCUUCUGGAUGCAGGAGCCUAAGACCGACAAAGAUGAGGAACAUUGUCGUAAGGUGAAUGAGUACCUGAAUAAUCCCCCAAUCCCUGGAGCACCAGGUAGCGGAGGCGGCAGUGGCCAUGAACUCUCUGCUCUCGGAGGAGAGGGAAGCCUGCAAAACCUACUGGGAAAUAUGAGCCACAACCAGCUGAUGCAGUUGAUAGGACCAACCGGACUAGGUGGACUAGGUGGACUGGGUGGUCUGGGAGCUCUUGCAGGACCAGGUCUUGCCAAUUUACUGGGUGGUGGAGGACCUGCUACAAGCAGCUCCUCAUCCAGUUCUCGUAGCCAGUCUGCAGCAGCCACUCCUUCAUCAGGUGCAGCCCCGAGACAGAGCUCCUCUCAAGCCCCCACUACUCCCGUGACUCCUGCUGCCUCAGCUGUGUCACCUUCCACACCAGCCUCUGCUCAGACUCCUGUGGCCCCGGCAUCUGCUGGAAGUCCUACACCCCAUCAGCCCAUUCAGCUUAGUGACCUUCAGAACAUUCUCGCCACCAUGAAUGUCCCAGCAGCGGCUGCUCAGGGAUCAGCAGUGGACCUAGCAAGUGUUUGCACCCCAGAGAUGAUGGCUCCCAUCCUGACCAAUGCCGAGGUCCAGCAGAGGCUCUUGCCCUUCCUUCCCAGUGGUGACAGUUUACCGCAGAGUGCGGAGGAGAUUCAGAACACCCUCAACUCACCUCAGUUCCAGCAGUCGAUGAGCAUGUUCAGCAGUGCCUUGGCGUCUGGGCAGCUUGGCCCCCUCAUGAGUCAGUUUGGUUUGCCGGCAGAAGCUGUGGACGCUGCCAACAGAGGAGAUGUGGAGGCAUUUGCCAAAGCCAUGCAGGACAGUAAAGGAGAUUCAAAAGAGAAUAAAGAUGACGACGAGGACAUGAGUCUGGAUUAGAGUCCAACCUGCUGAGUCUAUGAAUUCCUGUGAUUCCUUAUCAUCUAUAUUUCAGUACCUUCUUUUUCUUUUAAUCUCCUUCUUUUCAUUGUUUCUCAUUUUUUUCAAUACCAAAGGCAGCACUCUGCUCCCACUCAGGACGAACAUGACAGAAUUGCCAGGGCUGUAAAAAAAACAAAACAAGUUAGGCCAGUCUGUUUAACAACAGCUGUUUUGUUCUGACCAGUAGUCAUACUCUGAGAGGAGAGAGGCAUUUUUGAAAAGAAUCGUGGGGGAAUUAGAUUGGGACUAAGAGCCUUGUGUUUGUUCUUAUUUUCCUUCUCUUUUUUUUGUUGCCACAGAAACGAGUGUGGAUAUAUUUAUGCUCUUCUGUGAUUCACUCAUAAUAAAAAUAAUAAUACUGACAUGAA